AUGGCGGCUAAGUUCUUUAAAGUUUUGCGUUCACAUGAAGAACUUACGCGCUUGAACAUCGAAAUCAGUCGUCUCAGCACUUGGGUUGACUUCAAAGAGAAGGAGAUACUAUCAGCCAUAGACGCCCUGAAUGCUGUGGACUCAGACUUGCUCGCUGCGGAGUUGCAGAUGCACUAUGCGCAACAGCACAGAUUGAACAAUGUGCACCGUGCCUGUCUACAUCGCACCAGCCAGCUAUCUGGUAAUACUGGACCACCCCUAUUUGCGCUCCUGGAAAGAGAAGAGACAGAUGACGAAGGAGAUGACGAGGAUGAGGACGAGGGCAGUGAUGAACUCCUUGAUGAAGCCUCUAGGCUUGAAGACACCAUUUCGCAUAUUGUACUGCAGUAG